UCACGAUGAGGCUUCUACUAGCCUUAUGAAUAUAGGAUUAUCACGAGCCAAUGCUAAGGGGCCCAAUACCCAGCUGCUGAUCGCCGCUGUGCAGCUGCAGCAUUCAAGCAAUUUUGCUUGCGCUCUUGCAAAACAGAUCAAUGACCUGACAACCGAUUGUGCUUCAACCAUGUUCAGCUGCAUUAAUCUCUAUGGGAAGUACACUCCUGGUCUUUUUGCUAGCGAGUGUCGAGAUGGGAAGGAAGGGCUUCAAUCAUCUGCAUCUCCGCCGGUGGUGGCCGCUAAUACAAAUGCUAAUUGAAUAACCGUUGCAGUUCCUAACACAGGUCGAGUUAUCACUAAAAUGUUGUUGUAAUGUUGCUUCUCAAAUUAAGAGAUAGAUUUUAUUUGCUUUGCGUUAGAAUUCCAUCAACAAAAUAAUGAGAAGAGUGGAUCCUUUUCCUUCUUAGUAAGGUAAAAAGGUUUGUUUCUUUGCUAAAUCGAUGGGUGGGACUAAAUAUAUUCGUGUUGCAGUUGUUCCAUUAAAUAUUGGUGCAUUUUCCAAAAUUGACCUGGAUUGGGCUUUAGCUCCAGGUUCCUUGGGUCAUGCUUAAAAUGAAGGUGUCUUUGGUAGGGUCUCACUCUAACAUUUAUUAACAAUGAAAAUUGCCUUUGCUUCCGGCCCAAAAAGAAGUACCUUGAGUUGGUCCUCGAUAAUGGCAUCAAAAUAAAGGGACAUUGGGUUCGGCGUUGUUUGGGUGUCAUCCUAAGAUGCCCGCUACACCCCAGCAUUUCUUUCUUUGACUCAUUUCUUGUAUUUCUUGUAUACUCAAUGUAAGGUCAUUUUAAUAGUAUUUUUUUCAGAUUCUAGAUAUCCUUGCCUGUCUUUAGGGUCCAAUAGAAAAGGGUAGCGACCCAAGAAGUUGUUAGUGAUGCUUAGUUUAUUAGUCUACAGAAUUGAUUGAAAUUAUUGUAGUAUGUAAGGGUAAAACUUUGAGUCUUGUAUCCCCUAUGCAUUAUAUAGCAGUUUCUAGCUUGAGUUGAGUGGAUUCAUUUAUUUUGUUUCGUUUGGGGUUGUGAAUGGAAUGUAAACUGAAACAUGUUUUGAUUGCUUAUUUUGAAGUAUCAUUGGAUAUGACUAUAAGAAUAAGUUGAGCAACUUUGACUGUAAUUAAACUUGGGAUGGAUUGAUCUAUGGAUGUUCUCUGGACACAAAGUGUAAAAUUGGGCUAAAGUGGUGUACAGGAACUUGGUGUGAAAAUAGCAUAGGACUUCCUAGUUGAAAAUAGUAUUUUUUUCCAGGCAUAACUGAUUUUAUUCUAUAGGUUGUUUA